AUGGUCAUAGAGGUUGCAAUACUGUCAGCGCUGGUCGAUCAAGGUGUGGACGCGUCGUAUGUGAGGACAUUAACCAAUUGCUACGAUCGAUGCACGACUAGGAUACAGCUUUUCCACUGCCCUCUCACAAUACCCAUUGCAAAGGGGGUACGAAAAGGCGAUACUAUAUCGCCGAAGCUGUUCACUGCUGCAUUGCAGUUGAUAAUGAAAUCACUUUCCUGGGAAGAAAGGGGCAUACGUGUUGAUGGAAGAUUUCCCUCGAACCUUCGGACGACAUCGUUCUCUUUUCGAGCAGUAUCAAUGAAGCAGAAACGAUUGAACGAAGCAGGGAAGAGAAUAGGACUGCGAAUAAACAGAAAGAGGACACAGUUCAUGAAGAACGCCUACUGCGAGGACGGAGGAGUACAACUUGAAGGCUCCCAAAUCGUGGAAACUUCGUCAUAUGUAUACCUCGGACGUUCUACGAACAUGGAAAACUACUUGAAGGAAGAACUGAAUAGAAGAAUGAGAGCAGCAUGGACAGCAUUCGCAGCCGUCAAGGAAGCUACGGAUCAACUGACGGACCAAGAUCUUCGUGCCCAUCAGUUCGACUCGACAGUCCUGCCAGCUCUGUUACGCAGCGGAGACGAGGACAGACACCGCGGUCACGUCUAG